AGAAGAGCGGAUGUUUAUUGUUGCAGUGUAAUUUAAAUGUCCGAUCCGUCCUAGUUACUUUGCGUUUUGAUGUUUAUUUACCAAGUUCAGUUGUUGAAGAGAUAGAAAUAAGCUGUCUUUGAAAACUGUAAGAUCGCCUGCUAAGGGUAAGGCAGAAAAUAAGCCCCAAACAAAUAACAGAAAAACAAAUAGACAAGUCUCACUUCUGAAGUCUUUCAACGCAUUGUCCCAUACUGGCCAAACCCAAACCCAUCAUUCCCAAGAAAUCUCUACAAAUCUUACCACAGUUUAUGAAAGUGAUGACACAGAAGAAGGUGAAUGUUUUGCUGCCUCUGAAAGACCAAGAAUUCCUGAAGUCAUUCCCAAGUUCAGUGCAAAUGCUGUUAUCAUUCAAGAGCAAAAUACAGAUGAUGCAGAUGGCUACAAUAGAAAAAGAGAAAGCAUUUUUACAGAUAUAGAUGACGGCAGCUUUGUUGAAUUCUAUUAUGGCAAGGAAAAUAACCCCCCAGUUCAGAUCAUCAAAGAGCAAAGGAUAACUAUUCCUCAGUUAUAUUACACUUGUGACAGUAAUAAUGAGACACACUUUUCAACUUCAACAAAAGCUAAAGGAGCAGUAGUGGGAUUUCGGAAAUUUAUAGAGAAGAUGAAAUAUGACAACACGAUUCAUGAAAUUGUAGAAGAAAGUCCAGACGGUAUUUUUCCUCCCAGGAGAAAUUUUCCCACUGAUGAAACUAUAAUUACAGGGAGUCUGGAUGUUCUAAGAAGUGCUAAGAAAACAAAUCCAAAACAAAAUGCUGCUCUUAAUAGUACAAUGAUCAGGAGUUCUUUGAAUCACCAAAAUUACCCAGAUAUUUGUUUGCCUGACAUUUCCACACUUACGCUUCAGGUAGACACUAAUUCAGGAAAAUCUUCGCCCAAUACUUCUCCAUUUGCAGGAAGGAAUUGUCAUACAACUGUUGUGUUAGAAAGCCCUGAGCAUGAUAAAAGUUCAGGAGUCAAUCCUAGGCUUGGAAGUGAAGCAUUACAGUGUGAAGAUGAAGUAGUUUUACGUAGUAACAUUAGAUCAGAUUCAUCUUGUCAUAGUAAUAUUAAUGCUAUACCAUGUGCUGUUUAUGUGGAAAGAGACAGACAUGUCAAAGAUCGUAUAGGGAAAGAGAUAUUCUAUAAUCCAUGUGAGCAAAACUCUUUAAUCAGUGAAGAUGUUAGUGUGGUAGAUAGCCUUCCUAAUGAGAGACCUUAUGAUCAUUUUAAUGUGAUACCUGAUGUUACCAAGUCUCAGAAUAACCCUCAUUCCUACGUUUCACAUGGAAAUGUAGAUAACAAAAGGACAUGCAAAACUCAAAAUGAUUUACAUAUGAAAGACAAUGCAAGUUCUGAGAGAAGAGUUUUUAGGUAUUCUCCCCAGAAACUUACUUCCCCACAUCCAGAUCUCAAUAGCCCUGAAGUUGCAAGGUGGAUACUCACUAGUCCAUUCAAGGAAGGAUCUAAAGGAUCAUCCUUUUUGUUGAGACGAGAUACCUUUGAAGGGAGUGAAACCCCAAGUUGCCCCAGGGUAAGGAAUGCAGGUAACUCUGCCAAUAAAUUUGUCCCUCAGAGUUCUCCCGUGAUGGAUGAAGUCCCAAGAUUUUCUUGUGCAAAGGAUCAAGUCCCUUUUCAAAAUUCUGAAAAUACUCCAGACAGACCUGAUCAAGUGUCAGGGCGCCUUAGUAGAAAUGUGGUAGGCUCAGUUUCAUCAGACAGAUAUUUUAGUCCAAGCGCUGGUAAUGGUGGUAAUACUGUUUCAAACUGGAUUAUGACAAGUCCAUUUGAAGAUGGGUCAUAUGGUUCAAGUUUCCUUUUGCAAGAUGUCCCAUCAGAUAUUAGUCAAACUGUGAGUCAACACAAGCCAACUCAAGUACCUGAUUCUGAUGGUACAUGUGAAAAAUCUCACUAUUUGAGGGUACAAGAAAGGAUUAAAACAUGCAACAGAUCUUUACUGUCUACUUUUCAAAACCACAAUGAUGGCGGGAAUAAGCAUUCCUCUGAUUGUGAAAACAAUGAUGAUGGUAUGAGAAGUAAGUCAAAAACUUCAGUGACCCAAAACAUUGUUAUUUCUGAAUCUGAUGAUUCGUUCGGAAGCAAACAGGACCUAGAAAGCCUCCUCAAGAAUGUAAAUACAAGAAAAAGAAUAAACAAGAGCUGUAUUAGCCAGAGUACUGAAUUGUUUUCAGAAGAUUCUGAAUCUCUUCACUUAAAAUUAUCAGGAGCAUUUACUAGAUCUUUAAAGACAUCAGAGAAAUCUUUGUAUACCGUUGGUAAAGAUGCAGUGUCGCCAAAGCAUAAAGAUCCAGUGGUUCCAGUGCAUAAAGGUACAACAUCACCAGAGCAUAAAGAUCCAGUGGUUUUAGUGCAUAAAGGCACAGUAUCAUCACCAAAGCAUAAAGAUCCAGUGGGUUCAGUACAUAAAGGCACAGUAUCAUCACCAAAGCAUAAAGAUCUAGUGGGUCCAGUGCAUAAAGGUACAGUAGCAUCACCAAAGCAUAAAGAUCCAGUGGGUUCAGUGCAUAAAGGCACAGUAUCAUCACCAAAGCAUAAAGAUCCAGUGGUUCCAGUGCAUAAAGGUACAGUAUCAUCACCAAAGCAUAAAGUUCCAGUGACUCCUAAGCUUAAAGAUGCACCAUCAGAUGCUGCAAGUAGCAGUAGUUGCACAGGCUCGUCAUCAGAGGCCAGUGAUUCAGAGUCAUUUAUAAAGCCAAACAUUGCAUCCUGUAAUAGGGCGAGAAGAAUAUCUGAAUCUGAUGAAGAUGAAACAUCCUAUGUUUUGUUGCCUGAUAUUACAGAGUCAGGUGAAGAUAGAAAGAAGUCUAAAGGAACUAAGGAAUCUUUCCUAAAAGGCCAGCAGGAAUUCAAUAAGAAAUCUUUGAAUAACAAAAAUGGGAGGCCAAAGAGAACUACAAAGAAGCUUAUUGAAUAUAUUACUAGUGAUGAAGACUCUUCUUCAGAGUCCAGCUUCAUACUUAGUGGCACUAAGGUUUGUAAAAAUCAGGUUACUCAAGGUAAUGAAGAAACUCGGACUUCAAACAUGGGGAAGAAAAUGUCUGAUCGUGCAUACUCUCCUUCAGGUUCUAGUGAAAGUGAAGAUGAAAGUAGUUUUGAAGAUUACUUGAGAAGUGUGAAAAAGAAAAUUCAUGAGGAAAAGGUGGCAAAAACAGAACCUUUAUUAAAAACAGGUCUCAGUAUGGAAAGUUUCAUAAAUGAUGAUGAAAGUGGGGAUGAUGUAAGCUUUUACCUUCCACCUUUAAGUGAAAGACUGAAACCAAAAAUGAGGCCAAGCCACAAUUUGGAUGGCAGGUGUGUUGGUAGUGUGUCAAGUGAUCUUGAAGCGAGAAUUAUGGGAAGACAAAGCAAAAAAAAUAUUUCCAAAGAAAAUGGGAAUAAACCUAAAUUUAGCAAAUCACCCAUCAGUACCCUAGAGACACCCACAGUUAAGGAACCAGGUGUAAAUAUGAAUUCUUGGCGUACGUCUGUAGUGCUUAACAUUUCCUCUGAUUCUGAUUCUGAUUUGGAUUCAGAUGUAUUCCCUGAAAAGGAAAAAGUGAAAAAUAUAGAUUGCCCUCAGUCCUUUAUAACCCCAGGAAGUAAAGCUCCACCAAAGGUGAAGGCAAGAACAGAAAUUCGUCAAAAGCAGGUUGAAAAGAAAUUGGAAUGUAGUGGUACACCAACACUGACAUUUCUUGCAUCGUUGUCCUCUACUAUUCAUACAAUCCGUUGCCAUCCUGAUGCCUUGCUUUUUGUUAAAAAUUUCAAGAAAAAAAGGGAAGAAUUAUGUCAGAAGCUUUACUCAUACUAUAAUGAACAUGUUUUCAGUAAUAAACUUCCUUCUGUUAUGAGUAUUAAAUGGAAUGCAAGGUUAACCAAGACUGCAGGAUAUUGUUAUUAUCAGAUAGACCGUACAAAACCCAACGGCAGAGGAGCUAGGAUUGAAUUGUCGUCUAAGGUUAUAGAUGUUCCUGAAAGGCUAAGAGAUACACUUAUUCAUGAGAUGUGCCAUGCAGCAGCAUGGAUAAUCUCAGGGUACAAAGAUGGUCAUGGCCCUUUAUGGAAAUCAUGGGCUGCAAAAGCACGAUCAGUAUUCCCAGAACUUCCUGCAAUUACUACAUGUCACUCCUAUGAGAUAAAUUGCAAAUAUACUUACAGAUGUACUAAAUGUUCAUAUAGCAUUGGACGCCAUUCAAAAAGCCUUGACACAGAACGAAAAGUAUGUGGACUUUGUUAUGGAAAGUUUGAACUUAUUGUAAAUUCUAAAGGCAGAGGUUCAAAGUCAAGCAAUUCAGGAACCCCAUCCCAUGGUUCCCAAACACCAAGAACUCCAGGAGCUUUUGCACUGUUUGUAAAAGAAAACUACAACAGUGUGAAGAAAUCAAGGCAGAAUUUAAAGCAUGUUGAUGUGAUGAAGAUUCUGAGCGCUGACUUUGCAAAACUGAAGACUGGGAGUAAUUAAGAGGUUACAGUGAAUAAGAUAGCUGUACAAGUUCGGUAGUUUCUUUUUUCUCAAAAUACAGAUCCUACAUGGUGGCGUAAGAUUGAAACUCAUUUUUAUGCAUCUUACUGGAAGUAAUCAGGGUAUGGUAGUAGCUGUAGACUGAAGUAAGGUUGUAGGCUUUCUCACUGUUGCAUAUGUGGAAUUUUUUAAAAGACAUUUUAAAGUGCAAAUAUUUUUUUGUAAUAUAUCUUUAAAUAUAGUGAUUUUAACA